AUGGAACGGCAGAAAGUGUUGCUGGCUGCUGGUACUGCCGCGUGUGCAACUGCCGUUAUUUGGUAUUUGCGGAAGGUUGGGCCCAAAACCUUGGCUGCAGAUGAUGUCGGGGAGGAAGACAAGCAGAAGAGACCUGACAGCGACGAGACUGAGGGCACGGCCAAAGAGCAGCUCAAGCAGAUUUUGAAAGAAAUGAUCAAGUGUCAGGAGCAAAUGAAGAGUUUCAUCAAGGAGCUGACGCAGGAGCUCGGCACGACAGCGUUAAGCUUCCAUGAAACCUGUCAGCGAGUGAAGCGAGUGCAGCCAGCAGACCCCUUGGAGAGUCGUGGUCUGAAAGUCAUGGACUUCGACAAACUUUUGUUGAAGCACCAGCAUGACAGUGAUGUGCGUGAUGCCAUUGCCAAAAUCAUGGGUGCGCCAAAUCCGACAAACGCUCUGUCCGACAAGAUCCAGUCCAUCAGCGUGAAAGACAUUAUUGAUAUCCACACCUUCAUGCUCCAGGAGCUGCAACAGCUGAUUAAGGAGUACUCCGGAUCCGACAGCAAGGAGACCUGCUCAGUGGCCUGGCAUCCUUUGCCAUCUCAUCUCCUUCUUUCUCCGUCGCGUGCUGCAAAUGGCAUCCUUGCAGCCGAAAGGGCUGAGAGGUUCUGCUGGGUGGAGAUGCAGAACUGCUCAGCAAUUUUGCACUUGCUCCGCAGGAACUUGGCAACCGACCAGAACUUCGCCCAGAUCAACAUCAAGAUCUCUCAUGCAAUGAGCCUGCGCCCGAAAUCGGCCCAAGUGCAGACUAGCUUGUGGUCAGCAGUGUGA